UUACAGUUAACCAUUGCGUUUGCUAUGUUUGUGUUCUUGUCACUGAACUUGCUGAAAAAACUCUCGAAUGCAAAUGAGGUUCAAGUACAGUUGACAUCGAUGGGACCAAUUAUUACAAGUAAGGAAAGGUUUCGCAUUCUCUGGUACAACCCAACUGUACAUUUAACUGUUAGUCAUAAGGAUGCGUUGCAUUGUGGGUUUGAAAAGUGCAAAUACAAUAACUGUGAUAUGACUGUAAAUACAUCAGAUGCAGAUAUCAGUCAGGCUAUCAUUUUUGAUGGUCGUAGAAUGCCAAAGAAUGUUAGCUUCACUCGUCCAAAUGGCCAGAUAUGGAUUUUCGCAGCUCACGAAUCUCCUAUUUCAUACGGCGACACAGGGACAUGGUGGUAUAGAAAUAAAGAAUACUCCUUCAACUGGACGAUGACUUAUGACAAAGAUAAUUCUGACAUAUAUUUGCCAUACGGAGAAAUACUGAAACACAAAUCAGAAGUAAUACGGGAUUACAAAUCAAUUUCUCAAAAGAAAAACAAAACACUCUUAAUAAUAGUUUCUCAUUGUAAUGUCAGGUCUAAACGUCAGGAAUAUGUAAAUAAGUUAAAGAAAUAUGUUGACGUUGAAGUAUUAGGAAACUGUGGGAAAAAGUGGACAUGUGGUACUCACUACAAACACGACGAAGACUGCUUCAAACUUUUAAAUACCACUUUUAAGUUUUACUUAGCCUUCGAAAAUGCGUUUUGUCACCAGUAUAUAACAGAGAAGUUUUACGAUAAUUUCAAUUAUGAUCUAAUUAUGUUGGUACGUGGUGGAAGCCCUGGCGAAACUAAACAAAUAUUUCCCGAGGGAACAUUUUUAUCAACCGAUAAAUUCGAAUCCGUUGAAGAUCUUGCACACUUUCUUAAACAUAUCAGUGUUGAAACGUAUACCGCCUUUUUAAAGCGGAAAAGUCAAUAUUACUCAGCUGGGUAUUUGUAUGUAUAUCAAAGAGCUAUGUGCAACUUAUGUGAAAGGAUGAAUCAUCAGAGCAAAUAUGCAAAAACAGUCACAGAUAUAAAGGAAUGGGCAUUUGGCCCUAAACCUUGCAUUGAUCCAAAUGACGUGACAGAUGUGCGAUGAAUGAACGUUAAACAGCAGUUUAAAUUUUUAUACUUAAGUGUGUGUUUAUGAUUAUUUUAUAUGUCGACAAUAAGGAAGCACCCAUACCGUAUAAGUACUUAUUUCUGCGGGCUUAAUAUUCUGCGAUUUUUGUUAAAAUAAGGGGUUUUAAAUUUCUGCGUAUCUUAUUUCUGCGGUGUUAUCAUUCUCGCAUUGAUGUUUUUUAUUUCUGCCGUUUAAUUUAGAUAUUUGUACAAAAUUAACCGAUACAAACAGACAAUAUUUCAAGAUGUGUUGAUGUAACAUGUACAUUACUUCCGGUAAACAUGCAGACGACUUCUAAUGUGUUUUACCGUAAUAAUCAUGUAUCGGUAUAUAAACAUUAAUAAACAAAGAUUAACAACGUGCAAUGACAACAAUUAAUUGUAAUACUGCAUGUGUAUAAAUAUGAAGUGUGAAAAAUAAACAAUCAUGGUAAAAUCGCACGUAGAAACAAAAUAUUGAACAAAUACAAAAGGGUAUGUUUAUUGCACCCAUCAAACUAUAAUAGUUUAAUUUUACAAAAAAAAAACAAUCAAGCUAAGAGUGAGCGAAAAUCAUACAAACAUUUAUUUAAACAAAAAGAACAAGUAAAGUAACCUUUUUCUAAUAUUUUAUCCAUGACGGAUACAUAAAGAAAACUUCCCAUCUACAAAACCGAUAACGGUACAUGGUAAUGUAAUUAUACAAUACCGGUAGUU